AUGACAGAACAUAGUUCCCGAAGAAAUUCUUUGACUUCAAUGUCUACCACUGCAUCAUCGCAGAAUAAUAUCUCCGUACAUGAUUUAUCUACUGACAACUUAAUUGCUGUGGAUAACAAAUUUGUGAAAAAACCAACAAAGAAAUUCCCCAACAGUAACGGAAUCUCACCAAAACUACUAAGUGACGCAAGUUUUCGAAGUCCUCCUAUGGGUGGUAGUUCCUUUUAUUCUAAAGAAGGGGUAUACUAUUUCCCCAAUGGUGAAGUAUUCCGACCAAGAACAGCACCAGCAAAGAGAAAUCGACCAAGCAAGAUUCAUACUGAUUCUCCACCAACCAAACCCGACAACACUUUUCCAUCAGUUGACACUACCAUACCCAAUCACUCUUUUGCAACAGAUUCACCAACCCAUAGUCCGGUCCACUCUUCCAAUUCUUCAUCUGCAAAUAGUGCUUCUACUUUGCCUAGCAAUGGUGGGAAAACUUCAAUACAUUCGAAUAAUUCAUUGACAUCACUACCUAAGUCAGCUUCCCUUCAGAAUAUCAAAGUAUUAAAUAAACAAAAUUUGGUGCUGAAUAUAAGAAGCAACAAAGGAGAUAUUGCAACCAAUAUUGUUCUUGAAGAUAGUGCCACAAAGUUGCCAUAUGAAUCAUAUCGUAAUAGCAACAGCAGUUCUAGUUUGAAAAAUAGUCACAAACUCCAAUCUCAAAAUAUCACCAAAACUGAGCAGUAUUCUAACGCAUCAUCAUUCUCAUCACAGACAUCUAAUGUUUCCAAUGUUUCUAAUUUAUUGGUGGAAAAUGCCGACAAUUCUAAUUCUAAUGUAAAUCGUUCAGCAACAAAUACCCCAUCUACAUCGAUAAGUGACGAUCACAACCGACUUUCCAAUGAAAUCAGAAAUAGUUCCGGGUCAUCUUGCGACGAUAACAACAACACUCAUUCAGAUUCAGCAACUGAAGAUGCCGCAUUGGCAACUUUAAACGAGGCUAGUGAGGAAACAUUUAGGACAACACCAGCUUCAACUUUGCGCUCAGUUAGUGUAGGACAUUCAAACAAUUCAUCUUGGGAUAAUAGAAACACUUUGGAUCUGCGUCGAUUUAUACGCGAUGAAUCUGGCUCGUCAAGUUCUCCAAGUGAGAGGAAUGUACCAAGAUCAAGAAAUUUACAACUGUCGUUGUCUAGCCCUCUCACUGUGGGCAAUAAUGAUUCACCAAAUUCGACAAAUGAUUUUUCUGCUGGUAAUACUCCUUCCUUGUUAUAUGACAACAUUCUGCCAUUGGAUGUGCUAAAACAACGAGAAUUGAGCAACCGUUCCGGAAAUAGCUCACCAAACUCCUCGUACGAUAGCAGCAACAACUCGAAUAAUUUUCCUCAGUUGGGUGCUCCUGUAAGACCAACUUUAAGAGAUAUUUCUCGCACAUCAGAAAUGUCUAGUGAAGAAGAGGUUUUCAAGACUCCACUCAGUUCUCCUGAUCAAGAUCUGUUUAAAGAACCCAAAGAAACACCAAAGUUAGCACCACCAUCCCCAACAUCAUUAAAAACUGCCACUCCAAUCGUUACACCACCAAACAAAAUCAAUGCUCUUCGUCCUCCUCGAAUCAGCGCUGGAUCAAUAGUACAUUUCAAGAGACUGAAUACUGAUACUAGUAUUAGUACAAGUACCAAUUCUAGUAGUAGUGGCGGAACCAGUAAUCGAAAGAGCCAAAUAAGUUUGUUACCAGAGCCAACAAUAGACACUGAAUCGUUUGUUGAACAGUAUUUCCAUGAUUCAUCCCCUGAACUGUACCAAUUGAGCGAAAUUAUUUCGAAUUUGAAUUCUACUCCAACUCAGACUCAUCACCAGCAACAACAAGAACAAUUAGAAAAAGAUCAAAUUGAACAAGAACAGAAACAAUACACACAAUUGAUCAAUGAAAAAAGACAACUGUUGCGAUCAAGUAGCAAUGGAGCUCCAGUCAAGGAACAAAUAAUUCAAGUCAGUGAAGAUCAGGCGAUAAAGUUUAUUCCAUCACCAACAGAUUCUGUAACCACGACGCCAAGAAGUUCAAGGUAUUACGAUAUAAACUCUAGUACUUUUAACAAGUUUUUGAAUGAUAAACAGGUAGAUAUACCUCCAAGAGGUGAUGUUAUGAUAGUGAACAACAAUAAAAUCAGAAAGCAUCAUCGUAAUGCUUCAUCUACGUCGUCUGCAGGUGAUUUUUUCAAUCAACAAAAGAAGACAUCAGUUAAUGCAUCUGGUCCAUCUCUGGAUCCAGAACCCGCAACACCAAAGAGAAGUCCCAUACAAGAGAUAUCGACACCUCAGGGAAAAAGUGAAUCUCCACCACCGCCACCACCAAUUGAAAAAUCACCUGGAAUGAGAGUGAAAGGAAGACCGAAGAAAAAAAGAUCCAAAAAACACGGAGAUAAGAAAUCAGAUAAUGAUGCCAAAGAUGAACUGCAUUCGAUUCUGAAGCACAUAUCUAAAGACUCUGGGGAAACUAAUGGUAAGAAAAAAGAAGUUGAAGAGUUUACCAUUCCAAUUGCAAUUCAGACCCAACCUAUAAAGGCUCCACCACCAGCAACUAACCCGAAUAUACUGGAUCGCCCUGAUGCACUGGGACAUCUGACUAGUUAUAAAAGUAGUGAAAAUGAAAGAGAUCCAAGUCCUUCGCGACUGGUUUUAAAUGAUACAACAGGUACUUUUGAAGAAGAAUUGGCCAAAAAAUCUUUAAAAUUGAAAGAUAUGAAGAACGAAGAACACUUUGAAGAUUCUGCAACUCCAGAUACAAAGCCAUCAAUGCCCGUUAGAUCUUUGUUAUUGAAUGAAGAUGCUGACAAAAGUAAAACCUUAGGUGAUAAUUCAACCCAAUCAGGAUCCAAUUUAAAUGAAAUGCCUGACAAGACAUUGAAAAAGAUAAAGUCAUUACCAUCAGCUGCUCCAGAUAAAUCACCAGUUCCUGAUCUACUUGUGCCAUCAUCUGAAAAGCUACCAGCACAUAGUAGGUUUGAACCUUCACGUAAACCACCACCGAUAGGGAAUAUUGAACACGAUUAUUCCAAUACAACCGUUGCAGAUGAAUCUUUUGAUCUGAAUAGUCCACAUUUGCCACCACCACCACCACCAACAGUACAACCAAAACAACAAUUCAACAAAAAUCCCCCUAAAUCCCACGUUUAUCAAAGUGUUGGUAAUUCUGCCACUGAGGGAAAUCUUCCACUUCAUCAACAGGAUACUAAGAAAGGUGGUACCAAUUUUAAAUCAUUUUUCAAGAUGUUCAGACCACAAAUACAUGAGAAAUCAAUGGACAAGUCAGAAUCAACCACAUCUUUAUCAUCGACAGGAUCGACAGGAUCUAGGUUAUUCAAAUUUAGAAGACAAAAAAGGGAAGAACCAGAUGAUUUACCAGUGAUUGCAGAAAAACAAAAACCACAAUUAGGUUUCAAUAAUGACAAUAGAAUAUCGGUAUUGAGUGAAAUUGCUCCCUCGAUAAAAUUGGGAUCAUUACCUGAUUUUGAACCUGAGGAAACAGGAUUAUUUGAAGAGAUGAUGUUAACAUUUGAUGAAAAAUUUGAAAGUGAAUUAACACCAACUUCACCACCGAAUUUUAUUCAUAAAAUUACUACUGGAUCAAGUAGUUUGAAUGAACCAUUUUUAAGAGAUGAUGAAUUAUCAAUUGCACAAAUUCAAGAUCAACAAUUGAAGGAUGAUGCUGAUGGAGAGUCGGGGCCAUCUAUAUCUAGUGGUGAUGAAAAUGAUGAAACUGAGAAUAUGGAUUUUAUUCAAAGUGAAGCACGUUGGGCUACAAUGGAUGAAGGUGCAUUGAAUGCAUAUAUUGAUAAAAGUCUGGAAGCUACUCUUGAUGCAAAAACUAGUAAAGAACUUGAAAGAUUCAGAGACCAGAUGUUCCCUAUUGCUGCUGCUGCUGCUGCAACCACUACUACUGCCACUUCUACUGGUGAUACCAGUGCAGGUGCUGUCUCCAAUGAUGCUAGAACUGCAGGUGCUUCUGCCAAUACAACUAGUCCUGUACCUAUUACUGAUUAUGAUGAAAAAGUUUCUACUCCAGUGAUUACUGCUACUCCUUUAGUUGCUCCACUGCUUGUUGGAUCUUCAAGGAAUAUGAGGAUGAUGGCAGAUGAAAACUUUGAUCCAGUUGUUGAUGGUUCUGAAACUAGUAGUAAUCGAGAUGGAACAAAAUCAAUGGUUAUCGAUAGUCAAGAAUUACAAUAUAUUUUCAAUAAUCUUACUGAUGAUGAAAAGAAAAAUUUACCACCUCAUUUGAAAUAUAUUCGACAAUUUAAAGAUUAUCCUAAAAUUGAAGUUGAUUUGAAGAAGUUUGAAGAUUUAUCCGAGGUGAAAUUAUUUGUUGAUAGAUCAAUAACUAAGAGAUCAAUUUUGAAAAGACGUAAAAGAAUGGGUAUGGGUGGUGGUGGUGGAUUCACUGCUACUAUGAAACAAACAAUGAUUGGAGGAGGUAUCAGUAGUGGUUCAUCAUCUAAUACCAAACAUGUUAUCUUUACUAAUAAGAUAUCUAUUAAUGAAACAUUUGCCAGUGAUAUGUACAAGAGAUAUAAUAAAGCAGUUACUCAAUAUUCAUUGAGUGAUCCUAAAGAGAUUAAUAAGAUCAAGAAUGAAUUGAAUUAUUAUAAAUGUAAUGAAAUGUUGGUUCAUGAAAGUUCUCAAAAUAAUACACACUUUUUCUACUAA